UGAAAUCAUUGGGGAUUGAGGUUAAGCCUGUGAAAAAUCAAAAAGAUAAAAGAGAAUAAUUGUAGUAGAAAGCCGUUCAAACUCUCCUAAUUGGAUCCCAACUCCUGAAUCCAUUCCGAUUAUCCUCCUCAAAUCUCAAUAGAUUAUAUACACAAUCACUGAGUGUAUUAAUAUGGCAUAUGAUGGUGAUUAUAUAUAUAAAAAGCUGAAGCAAGUGUAGUUUAGUUUAGAGUGAUCAUCCAGAGAUGGAAGGAUCGACGAAAGAGAAGAGGCAGGUUGAAUCGGACUGUAUGAGAGAAUGCAUGAGGAAGCUGUCGCUUUGGUACACCAAAACCUUCGCUCCACUUCUCACCCACGACGAUCUCAACCCCAUCAUGGCCACCCUUGGUUUCGUCCCUUCCCUCGUAUCCGUUCCCGUCAACACCAUUGAGAUUGAUCAUCGUCAAUUUGAAUUACACUCCACACAACCCACCUUUACCGCUCCUUGGAUUGAGUACUUGCAUUGCUCCAGUGGCCUGAUUUCCGAUUUUCCGCCGCCUAGGCCACGUCUCCCCUAUUCGAGGAUUGAUGGUCUCCACAUUUACACCUACAGGGCCUUUCUUGAUGCCCUCAACUUCUACCUCCGCAUGCCCAAUCUCUCUGAUCUCUUUCACGUUCGGGGAAUGCCGCUCCAUCAAGUUCACGAUCGAGGCAAGAAGUGGUGGUGUAUGGGAGAGGACGACAGUAUCUUUGUCUAUGGAGAAGGGACAUUGGAUCAAGCUGCAUAUGAUUCCUAUUGUGUCGAAAAGAUUGGCAUAAACUACAGCAACAGUAACAAGGUUUGCAAUUCUAUCACAAUCCGGAACAGAGGAAAAUCUACCCCUAGCAGCUGCAUGGUUCCACUGAAAGAUAUCAUAGUGUUAUCCUUAUAACUGGAGUUGGCUCCAUUCAUUUUAUGACAUUAAAUUUUCUCAUUGUACGUGUUCCAAAGAAAUGUACGUUGGCUUUGGACACAUCAAAACUUGUGACUUCAUUCGUUAAAGCAUUUUCCAUUGGCUUUUCCUUGAUGUUGGUAAUACUUUGAGAAUAAUACUUGUGAGACUUUGUUUUCCCAGGCUA